CUGCUGAAAAGUCUGAAGAGGCUGUCUGAGUUGCCCAUCACAGUUGACAUUCUCGUGGAGACAGGUGUUGGGAAGACUGUGAACAGCCUUCGGAAACACGAGCUGGUGGGAGACUUUGCCAAGGACCUCGUGGCCAGGUGGAAGAAGCUGGUGCCAGUGGCCCAAGAGACAGACAGGAAUAACCUGGACUCUGAAGACCGUGACUACGAGAGGAGCAGCUCCAGCAAAAGGCAUCAGGAGUCCUCCCUCAGAGAGGAUGAGGAGCCUGACCAGGAGUACUCAGAGCCCUUCCAGCCAUCUUGCAGCCAGUCCUAUAGCCCAGAUCAUAGGGAAAAGAAAUCCAAAAGGUAUCCCAGGCCUGAGAGAGCCCAUGAGACUUAUGGCUACAGCAGCCACCAGGGGAAGGGUUGGGGCAGAUCUUCCCCAGUGCUCUCUUCAGAUCAGGAGUACUCGGACUGUGGACAAGCUGUGUCACCUGGGCCCAGUGAGAGCCCUCAGGAUAUGGACACAGACCCUUAUGCCUCUGAGGAGCAGGAAGAACCCACAGUAUUCCCUCGGAAAGGCAGCAAAGGCCACAGCUUCCAGGAGAAGGUUGGGGGAGGCCGUGAGAGGAACUCUGGGGAGUUCUGUGACAAAGGGAAUGUGAGUCGAAGCAAAGAGCACAAGUCUUCUCACAAGAAGCAGAGACUGGAUGGCAGAGGGGAGGACAGGACUUCUGCCUUCAGCCCAGAGAGAUUGCACAAGGCCUCUUUUAAAGAGCAGCUCAGAGAAUCCCCCGUGGCAGCAUCCAGCAAGGAGAAGCAGAGGACAUCAGAUGGCACCAAAAAGGAGAAGAACCGAGAGAGCAGCACCUCCAGGAAGGAGAAGCUGCCGCGCUUGGAAGAGCCUUUGGACAACCACAAGAAGCAGAAACAUAGGGACUCUGAGAAAAGCAAAUUGGAGAAGUCCAAGCUGAGCCUGGAGAGCUCCAGCUCAGGGAAACGGAAAGCUGAGGGUGACUCAUCAAACAGGAUCAAAGAAAAGGGCAUUUCUGGGAGCUUAAAAUCCUCAGAGGGGAAGCGCAAAAUCUCUGAAGUGGACAAGAAAUCAGUGGGGUUUUCUUCCAAUUCUGGGGAGGGGGAAGCAGAGGAUGAAUUUGAACAGCCUACAAUGUCCUUUGAGUCCUAUCUCAGUUAUGACCAACCCCAGAAAAAGAAAAAGAAGGUGGUGAAACCUUCAGCUGGGGAGAAGGAGCGAGGGCACAGCAAACAGAAUGGAUCCAAAGCCACUACCAACAGCUCGAGCUCCAGUCAGAAGAGCCCAAGCCACAAACGAACAAGUGAGAAGAAGGCAGAGAAGAAACCAGCAGAGCCUCCCAAACCAAAGAGGAUAAUUUUAGAUGUGGUCCCAACGUUACCAGACAUCCCUCUGCCCCCUAUCCAGGCCAAUUAUCGCCCUCUGCCCUCCAUUGAGUCCAUCACCUGCUCCCAGACAAAAAGGAAAGCAGUGUCCUCACCCGUGGAGGAGAGCGAGGCAGGUUUCACGGGCCGGCGGUUAAACUCCAAGAUGCAGGUGUACUCAGGCUCCAAGACUGCCUAUCUCCCAAAGAUGAUGUCUCUGUACCAGCAGUGUAUCAGGGUCCUCAGUAACAACAUUGACUCAAUCUAUGAAGUUGGUGGUGUCCCUUUCUCCGUGCUGGAGCCAGUGUUGGAGAGAUGCACUCCAGAGCAGCUGUACCGUAUCGAGGAAUGUAACCAUGUGCUCAUUGAGGAUACAGAUCAGCUGUGGCACAAUCAUUGCCUCAGAGACUUCAAGAAUGAGAAGCCAGAAGAGUUUGAGUCGUGGCGGGAGAUGUACCUGAGGCUCCACGACGCGCGGGAGCAGAGGCUGCUGAUGUUGGCACGGAACAUCGGCUCAGCUCAUGCCAACAAACCCAAAGGUAGAGUGGCCAAAAUGGCAUUUGUGAACUCUGCAGCAAAACCUCCUCGGGACGUACGGAGGAGACAAGAGAAGUUUGGAACUGGAGGACCUCUUCUGCCAGAGAAGACCAAAAUCAAACCAGUCCUGUACACCUCUAGCAAAAGCCACACUCGAACGAGCGACGAACAGUCCUACGAUGGGCCCAGCACCAGCAGUGCCCACUCUGUCCCAUCUUCAGGUAGCACCUUCUCCUCCUACGACCCCAGGAAACCCCCAGUGAAGAAAAUUGCACCCAUGAUGGCAAAGACUAUCAAAGCUUUCAAAAACAGAUUCUCUCGGAGAUAAGUUUGCAGUGCAGAUCUGGGACUUUCUCUCUUGGGGAGGAGUUGGCACUGAAGGGGGAGAAGGUACCCAAACAGCCCUUUUCAUGGAACUCCUUGGAGGCUGCAGCUGCUGGGAGAAGCUUCAAUCUGCACAAGAUGACGGCACAGUAUUUUAUCUUUUAUUCUGGUCCCUUUCUCAGUGUCAAGCCCCC